CUUUAUUGGAACAGAAGCAGAAAAAGAAACGUCAAGAGCCCCUGAUGGUGCAGUCUAAUCUGGACGGGCGCUCUCGAGUGCGCAGGACCCGGCAGUCGGAAGAACAGGCUCCCCUUGUGGAGAGCUACCUCAGCGGCAACAGCAGCACCAUCUAUCAUGUACAAGAAGCGGAACAGGAAGAAGUUAAAGCCGUAGCAGAGGUUCAGGCUCCUCGCUCGGUUAAAAAAACCAAACCGCCUACCUCCACUCCUCAGACUGCCAGUGCCAAGAAGGAGAAAAAGGGCAAGCACAAAGGAAUUGAUGGGCCCGCUGCCUUCCAGGAUGAGGGUCAGGAGCUGGGCAACCAGAUUCAGAUCCUGACAGUGGGCCACUCACCUGCCCUGGAGAGUGAGGCAGAGGGCCAGGGUGAGGCAGUGGGCAACACACAGUCACAGGGCAAACAGGACCUACGGGUCACCAUGCUGAAGAAAGGAAUCUCCAGUAGCAUGAACUUUGAUGAAGAAGAGGAUGAAGAUGAUUUGGUCAGCUCAAGUUCAUCUCAGCUCAACAGCAACACAAGACCUGGAUCUGCCACCAGCAAAAAGUCCAGCAAGGAGGCGACCUCAGCUUCCAGCCCAUUGGCCAAUGAACCAUCCAUCGACGUAGAUGACCUGGAGGAGUUCACUCUCAGACCCGCACCUCAAGGAGUGGCUGUGAAAUGCAGGAUCACACGGGAUAAAAAGGGCAUGGACAGGGGGAUGUACCCCACCUACUACCUCCAUCUGGAGAGAGAGGAUGGCAAGAAGGUUUUCCUUUUAGCCGGGAGGAAGAGAAAGAAGAGCAAAACAUCCAAUUACCUCAUCUCCAUCGACCCUACUGACCUAUCACGGGGCGGCGAGAGCUUUAUUGGCAAACUGAGAUCAAACCUUAUGGGUACCAAGUUUACGGUAUAUGACAGCGGUGUGAACCCAGUCAAGACCACCUCCAGCCUAGAAGCAGGGAAUCUACGACAGGAGCUUGCCGCAAUCUGCUACGAAACAAAUGUUUUAGGGUUCAAGGGGCCUCGGAAGAUGAGCGUCAUUGUUCCCGGAAUGAACAUGGACCAUGAAAGAGUCUCCAUCAGGCCUCGAAAUGACCACGAGUCUCUACUGGCUCGAUGGCAGAACAAAAGCACUGAGAGUGUGAUAGAGCUUCACAACAAGACGCCGGUCUGGAACGAUGAUACACAAUCAUAUGUGCUUAACUUCCAUGGCAGGGUCACCCAAGCAUCUGUCAAAAAUUUUCAGAUCAUUCAUGACAAUGACCCGGAUUACAUUGUGAUGCAGUUUGGUCGUGUAGCAGAGGACGUCUUUACAAUGGACUACAACUACCCCAUGUGUGCCCUGCAGGCAUUUGCUAUUGCUCUGUCCAGUUUUGACAGCAAGCUAGCCUGUGAGUAGCCAUCUCUCACUGCCAGCCACAAGAACGAAAGGACCUAGCCAGACUGCUUUACAGUCCCAAUCACUGAGUAAAGGGCUGUGGUGAACUCCAAAGCAGCUGGGUCCCACUCUCAAGAUCCUCCAUUGGAGGCAUGACUGCGUAUCGAGUUUGUUUCUUUGUGCGAAUAUGACUGAGCAAGGUGGCAUUUCUACUUUUUAAAAAAGGGCAUCACAGUUGGGGGAAAGCACAAAGACUUCAAAGCUCAACUGUGGGAGUUUAUCAGAAGAGGAUGCAUUCGUUUAAUUGACAGUCAAAAAUCUCUUACUCACUUUCUUUACUUAACCGUCAAGCUAAAACUAACCUUUUGCUAAUGUUCAAAUAAGGAUCUUUUACAGUAGUACUUCUGUCCCUAAGGUUAAAAACUAAAAUCAUUUUGCCAUGGUCAUAAUUCUAAAAUAAUUAAUGUUUACUAACCUAUCAGUUAUGAUUUUUCACAAGAAAAAUAACAUGUAGCUGUGAUGUAACAAUUUGGAUAUUUGAUUUAAUGAACUUUUUGCAAUAUGACUUCCAUAUGUGACAUUUCUUCAGCUACAAGUCACUUGUCUCAUACAACGUCUUUUACAUAUUUAAUGUAUCAGUUCAUUCUUCACAAGGACUCCGAAGCCAGUAUGAAGUAUGACAGUCUAACAUAUUUAUCCACUAUUUAUGUAUUUAUAGAUUUCCAUACCAUCUGCUGCUUGUGUCUUACCCCAUGCCAAUAAUUCCCCGUGCUUCAAGCACAAAGCCUGACCAAGGUGCCUCCACAUUCGAGCUUUUGGUUUGGAUUUCUUAAAAAUCAUCUGAUGAAUGUAUGACAAUUCCACAAAAUAGAUGUCAUCAUUAUCACUUUGUGUCCAUCUGCACAGUUCUGCAAACGGUUUAUCUACAGUUUUCAAGGGAACAUGAGACCCACAAAUGACAUUUAUAUAAUUUAAACAAACCAAAAUGAAUGGUUCACCAUAUCCAGAUCCACACCAGAAGCUCUGGUGUGAAAGCCCCUGAAGUCCUACAUGGUGGAAGAAGUGUGUUUAUGUGAGGGUCAAUACCAGGGUAAGUACAUACUGUAAUCACCUCAUACUGACCCACUACAUUUGUAGGGGAAUGUACUGAGCACUUUAUUCAGAGAUGAAUGGUGGAAAGCUGUAAAUAUUGUGCCUUUGGAUGAAACACUUGUGAUGCUUGAAGUUGGUGAGAUGCUACAUUGUUUUCUUAAGCCAGUGUUGUUUACAUGCACUUUUAAAAGUUGGAUUUCUGUCUGCCUACAUUAGUAAUUUGCCAUAGAAACAUUUUAGUCCAACUGAAAUUUAACUGGUCUGAUUUUUUGGGGUCGGACUAUCAGAUCUUGAUAAAGUGAUUGUAGUUUGAUUAUAACUGUGCAUGCAAACAAAGUCAUCUAUUUAAUUUCCUGCUGCAUGAGGAUAAUUGUGAAUCUGUGGAUCGAACAAAGCAUCAGCGUGGAAUUUAGACAAAACUCACAUCAUCAUUUAUAAUUGUAUUGAACACUUCUGUGUCUUUGCUGAACAAUGCUGAUGAAUGAAGAAAUGAAAUAAGUGAAGCGGAGUUAUCAGUGUGGCAACUGAACUACAAACAUAACAAAACAUAAAACCUGCUGCACACACUGCCCUUAAAGCCAAACUAUUCUUGAAUAGUCUUCAUAUGGCCACACUGAUUUACUAGAUCUGCUCUAUUAUGCAUUAGCACGACUCAAGGUUUCUUUUUAUCAUACUGUUUUUCAUUUCAGUCAAACGUCACAAAAACGUUUUGGAAACCGGAAAAAAAAAAAAAUCUUUUCAUUGUCUGAAAUCAUAUAACGUUAGUGUUAAAUGAAUGUGUUUUAGAGAAAUCAAUCCAUCAUCAUUUUGUUCCCUGCCGAAAGCCCCUUGGUUUAAUUUUGAAAAAUUUCAAGUUUGUUGUCCAUCACGCAAAACAUUCUUAAUUGCACAAACUGUGCAUUUUUAAGUUAAAACAACAACAACUAAUAUUUAGAUUGUUAAUCCAGUAUAAAGAGAUGAAAUUUGCUGUAAAUGGCAUACCUUUUUUGUUACUAUUCUUUUUGUCAUAGAAAUGUUGUGGCUUCAGACAUCCUGUCUUUCCCCUGGAAAAGUAUUUUUAAUAUUACUUUUUUAAAGGAAAAAUUAUAAAGUAUAUGUAAAGUUCUUUGGCCAAUUUGCAAAGAAAUCUGUGUAAGUUAUUAAAGUUUGUUUUUUAACUGCCUCGUGAAACCAUUCCAGCACUCUCUAUACUUCAUGUAAUGCUAUAACAGUUUUUGGGUUCUCUCUAAAUGGUUAAAAACUGAAAAUUAGUGCUAAUUUUCAUUGUUUGGGAAAAAAAAUCUCACCACUCUUGUGUUAAAUUGAUAAUGUAUAACUAUUAUGUCACUCUGUUUUGUAAAAUGUGUACAGUGGUCAGU